AUGGCGGCCUGGAACGUUGGUAUUGAUGGUAGCCGUGUCCUCUGCAAUCAGCACUUGGAAACCAAAGACCAUCUUUUUUUCUCAUGUUCUUACACUUCAAUGGUGUGGAGGAAACUGGUUCAGAAUCUGUAUAGAGCCCACUUUUCUACAGACUGGUCUACCAUAGUGGAGUUUCUGUCUCAGUCGGGGGAUGACCGAGAGACACUCUUUCUUGCUCGUUACGCCUUCCAAGCUGCAAUUCACACGCUAUGGAGGGAGAGGAACGCUCGUAAGCAUGGUGAGGCUCCGUCCUCGCAGGGAACCAUCAUCAAGUUCAUUGACAAGGCGGUCCGAAACAGACUGAUGUCAUUACGAAGGGACCACCACGCUAGAGCUUUGCGAGGUGCAUAUCAAACAUGGAUUGGAGCUGUCCAAGCUUAA